AUGGCUGUCCGACCAGAUGAUCCCAAAUUUGAAGAAACUCUGUUACGAUGGAAUGAAGAACUCGACAAUGAACCUGAUUCAGAUAAUGACGGCACUGACUAUGACGACCAUGUUUCAAUUCAGUCCGACAGGGAGAGCACCUACUCAACGGAUGAUAGUGAAGUAGAGAGUGAGACAGAACAACAACUUCCUGGCAAAGUAAUAAAAGGAAAAAAUGGACAUAUUUGGAGCACUGAGCUUCCGUGUCGUACUCGAACACCUAAGCGAAACAUUGUUUCAUGUAUUCCAGGACCAAAAGGUGCGGCCAAAAAUAUUUCAACGGAAUUAGAGGCAUGGAAGUUAUUUUUUAGCGCGAAUGUUAUAGAUGUUAUAGAUGUUAUAGUGGUGCAUACAAAUAUGAAAAUAGAACGACAAAGAGGGAAAUAUGUUGCUAAUUGUGGCUAA